AUGCAAACGAGCUUCUUGGCUGCCGCGGAGAUCUUCACCUCCUCCAACUUACCUCCAGCUCUCCCCUUCUUACUCCACUCCAGCUUCAACACCCCAAUCACCACCACCAUCACCAUGGUCUACGCCUUCACACUGCCCUCCACCUCCCACCUUUCCUUCCAGACCUUCCUUACCUCCAGCACCCACCCUUCUCUCCCUCAAGCAGCCACCACCGCCCGCCAUGCUCUCCGACAAGCUCUCAAAGCACACAAGCGUUUACCCCGCGGUCCGCAACAAGACGCCCACCUGCAGACUCUCCUCACCACCAUAACCAGCUACCUCCCUUACCUCCUCGCUCUCUCCAACGGCCUUAGCAGCAAGCCCGGCGACACAUCUCCUACCGAAGAAAUCGAAAUCACCCUCCGCACCGAGAUCACAUCCGCCUGGCGCCCGACCCUCACCAACCCCACCACCACGCUCUCCCUCAAACAGCGGCCCACCACCACCCGCAUCCAAGGACAGGGUCUCGACUUUGAAAUAGCCUUUGUCCUCUCCACCCUCAGCUAUGUGCUCAACUCCCUCGCCCGUAUCGGCGUCACCCGCACCCUCUACGCAUCCACGACCCCGACUCCCGAACAGCGCACCGCCGCCAUCCAGACAGCCACCAAACACCUCCUCCAAGCCAGCGCCGUACACUCACUCCUCGCUUCCUCGCCAUCCUUCGCAACCGCAGCCCACUCCAUCUGCAAUAGCAACAAAAAUGGAACCUCUACCCUCCCGGACCUCGACCCCGCCACGCAGGCGGCCCUCUCCUGUCUCGCCCUCGCGGAAGCAACCCUCCUCGCUGUGUUGAAGGACGAUUCCUACGUCGCCGCCUGUAUUCAGGCGCGCAAUCCCAAUGACAAGGACUGGAUGGUCCGCGCGCCGGAGAUCCCCAAGGUCCGCGCGCACCUCUUCGCUAGAUUAUGUAUUCGAGCUGCGGAGUACGCGGAGCAAGCUGCUGCGGGGCUGGGAUCUGUCCGGUCAGAGGGGCGGAUGGGGAUUGAUGAUGAUCUGCUAGGGUAUACACGGGUGCUGGGACGGGUUGCGCGGGCGAGAGCCUGCCGCUUCUUCGGGGUGGAUGCGGAGUUGUCCGGGAAGAUCGGGGAGGGUAUUGCAUGGUUGAGAGCAGCGAAGGGAGCAUUGGGGGCCAGGGGAGCUGGGACAGGUGGAGCGGAAGCGAAAGAGACGAGUACGAAGAGCCGGACCGGGCUGUCGAGGCUGAAGCAGGGUUGGAUGGAGCGGCGGGAGGAGAGACGGAUGGAGAAGGAUGCGGGCAGUCGGGAUCGGACGGAGAAGGGCGAGCUAGGACCGGGGGAUAACGCAGGUCGGGAGGAGGAGAGUCGAGUGAUUGAGAUGCUGGAGACGAAGUGGGUGCGAAUGAAUGAUACGAUUAAUACCCAGCUGAUCCCACCUUCUGCGGACCUGCUAGCAAACUUGCCCUCCGGUCGAGAUAUUCAUUCCGCGCCAGCGCCGUACAAGAUCCCCUCGCUGGAUGAGGAGCAGUUGGUGCGCAUGCGUGCGCCGCCGGCGGAGGACGACUUUGGACCAGGGAGUGAUGUCGAGGAUAGUGAUGAAGAGGCGGCCAGUGUAGCGCGUGUGUAUACGCCGGGAACAGUACCGGAGCGGAGUGACAGUGCCUAUUAUUGA